ACAAAAGCACAGUAUAACAAAAGUGCAGGUAGCAGGUGUGCGUGUGGUCUUUGCGCGAUUUUGUGAUGUAAAGAAUCUAAACCGGGAUAUAAGAUUAUUUCACUCUUUUUUAUGGCUGAAACUGAUAACAAGAAAAGAAACAAAGAUCUAUUCUAAUUCGUUGAGAACACUGGUGUGUGGAAAUGGGACCUGAUAGUCAACUUCAACAGAAUGAAACUAUGCCAAAAAUUGAUAUAAUAAAAGAUGCAGCAAAGCUUACAAAUACAAAUAUAGUUUAUAUGAAGCGCGUGGAAGAACAGAACUUGCAAAGAGCAAAACAAGUACAAAAAUAUCGCAAAGCUAAUAGUUAUACUGCUCUUGUUUGUGGUCUUGCAGUCAUUGGAAUUUAUGCUUAUACAAUACAUUCAGUUAAACAGGAAAAAUUCUUAGACGACUUCGAAGUGCCGGAAAAGAUUAUUGACAACGCUACAUAAAAAAUGUCUACUCCACGAUUGCCACCACUUCCAACUGUAC